AUGUCGUUUCAACAAAGGGUGACGCCCAUCUUGUUGGCAACGCUGGUAGGCAUAGUGUCGGGCGCGUACCUCUUCGGACCACCCCUGCAACAAUUCAAAGUCGACUCUAGAGGUACCUUUGAUCCUGAUAUCGCUAAUGCUGCUGCUCACGGCGGUGCGGGCGGUGCGGUAGCGGAUGCGAAAGAGAUGGACAAGGGUGGGGCUAAUAAAGGUGAGAAGAGUUUAGCGGCGAGUUGAAGGAGGCGAUCGGGCCAGGCAAGAUGGAGCGCGCCAUUGGAAAGGAAAGGGUGCGGGAUGAAUGGAAUGGAGCGCGAGAGAGAUCACCAAGACUGCGUCGUCAUGCUCGGUCAUUGCAUAGCCACGCCGAUGAUGAGCUCGGCGCGCUAUAAAGUCACGAAUUCCUUGUGCAACAGGCGCGCACCGACACGCACUCAUCAUCUUUGCAUCCGCCGUUGCUAGCACCCAAACUCACGCUCACGCUGCCCUUGCAUUCACAUUUGCGUCGAUUCAGAUUCAAGACCGACAAUUGCAGACCAAGGCAGGGCCGCACUAUUGGACGCCAAAGAUCAGGCAAAGGAUCUCAAGGAGCAGGUCCAAGCCAAAGCCAAAGCGACGUGA